AUGACGGAACACGAAGAAACUGAACUUGACGACGGUGCAGAUGUAGCUAAGUGGUUAUCAAAAAAGGAAGGCAUUGAGAAAGUAGCAUCUGCAGACGAAGUCAUUAAGGAGAAAGGAUUGAGCUGUCUUCAACUGCUGUCAAGAAUGCCAUCAGCUUUCAAGAGCUAUAAUUCUCAGGCAGGAUUGCACAACCUCAUUUAUGUUUGUCUUCCCAACAAAGGUUAUGAUGAAGAAGAAGACGAUGAUGAUGAUGGGUUUAUUAGAGAGAAGGAAGAUUUAGAAAGCGGAAAUUUAAAAAACAAGACCAAGAAAACCAUCUCACCAUCUCCAGCAGUUUCUUCCAUUAGCUAUUAUGCUAUCCGGCAGCUUGUGGCCAAAGAAUGGGAUAGUGUGAAAGAAAUUUGGAAGAGAAAGAAGAAGAACAAGGACGCAAAGGAGGUAGCUGACUUCUUGGUGAGCAUAGACAACUCAUGGACGGACACGAAACAUAUGAAUUCACGAAGAGAAGUUGUCCUGCCGGUGAUUCAACCCAAGAACGUUGCUGCAACGAGGAAGGCCUCCUUGGAGAAGACCAACUCCUCCCUGGAACCCCUUAAGUGUGAGAACUACACGCCAUUGCUGCUAGCAGCGAGCAGCGGCAUCAUCGAAAUCGUCGAGAAAAUCAUCGAAUCUCAUCCCGACGCCGUCUCCCAUGUCAGCCAACAUGAUGAACAGAACGUCCUGCACGUCGCCGUCAAGCACCGUCAGAGGAACAUCUAUAAGCAUCUCAAGGAAUACAAAGUCCUCAAAGGGUUGGCCUUUCAUAUAGCUACUGAUAAUUGCACUCUUUUGCACCAAGUUGCGAGGAUGGACUAUUAUGAUGGAGGAAACCAACCUGGUGUUGUCUUCCAACUUCAGGAGGAGCUCCGUUGGUUCGAACCCAAGUGUGGAUACAGUUGUGAUGUUAGAAUCCGGUACGGCAUUAUAGACCAGGGAGGGAUUUACCAGGGGAAGAAGGUUUAUGAAUGGGAUUGA